CGCUGCCUCACUCCACGGCUGACCCAGGUAACGGCACCUUGGAACCCGGGAUGACCCGCUUGGCGAAUGUGUUGGCGGUCUUGGUAGCGGCGGUGGCUGCGGCGGCCGGCCGGGGGGACCGCGCCGCGCACUCCCUCGUUGCUGCUUCUCCGCCCGCGCCCUCGGUGCCCAGAUUUUGUUCUGGUGGGUUCAGCGUCCGGAAGGCGGUCCUUUCCGGGUCUCAGCCACCUACUCGUCUCAGGUUCCAGGACGUCUUGACCAAUCUGGGCGGGUGGUCGUCCUCUGACAGUGACUUCGAGGCCCCGUGCACAGGGGUCUACUUCUUCACCUUCCACGCCGUCUCGCCAGAAAAGAAUGAUUUCACCCUGGCCCUCAUGAAGAACGGCGAGUAUCAGGUGACCGCCUACGGGAGCCAGGGGAACUACCAGCAGGGCUCCAACUCGGCUCUGCUCGUCCUCAACGCCGGAGAGAAGGUUCACCUCGAGCUUCAGGACGGCUCCGUGUAUGAACAUCCUUACGACGAGGCCUACACUACCUUCUCAGCCUUCCUUGUUGAACAGUUCUGAGGGGGAGGAGAGGCGUAGGGGCGGGAGAUGGCUAAGUUAUUGUUAUUUUAGAUUUAAUAUUUAUUCCAGUGCGCUGCAUGGUCAGUGAUAAUAAAAAGUGUCAAAAA